AUGGUGGGGGAGUCAUUACAGGUUGGUCCACAUCUACCUGUCUACUGGAGUCAUUACAGGUUGGUCCACAUCUACCUGUCUACUAGAGACAUUACAGGUUGGUCCACAUCUACCUGUCUACUGGAGUCAUUACAGGUUGGUCCACAUCUACCUGUCUACUGGAGUCAUUACAGGUUGGUCCACAUCUACCUGUCUACUGGAGUCAUUACAGGUUGGUCCACAUCUACCUGUCUACUAGAGACAUUACAGGUUGGUCCACAUCUACCUGUCUACUGGAGUCAUUACAGGUUGGUCCACAUCUACCUGUCUACUGGAGUCAUUACAGGUUGGUCCACAUCUACCUGUCUACUGGAGUCAUUACAGGUUGGUCCACAUCUACCUGUCUACUGGAGUCAUUACAGGUUGGUCCACAUCUACCUCCAUACUGGAGUCAUUACAGGUUGGUCCACAUCUACCUGUCUACUGGAGUCAUUACAGGUUGGUCCACAUCUACCUCUCUACUGGAGUCAUUACAGGUUGGUCCACAUCUACCUGUCUACUGGAGUCAUUACAGGUUGGUCCACAUCUACCUGUUUACUGGAGUCAUUACAGGUUGGUCCACAUCUACCUGUUUACUGGAGUCAUUACAGGUUGGUCCACAUCUAUACCUCUCUACUGGAGUCAUUACAGGUUGGUCACACACACCUGUACAUCAGCGUCAUCAAUGUGAUACUGUAUGUCUCCCACUUCUUUGACAGUCCUCUCCUGUCCCCCUGUCCUCCAGGUCUGGGCCUGGCGUUGAACUUCCAGCCGUCUCUGAUCAUGCUGAAUCGCUACUUCAGUGAGAAGAGGCCCCUGGCUAACGGCCUGGCUGCUGCUGGGAGUCCUGUGGCCCUCUGCUGCUUAUCACCUCUGGGACAGCUGUUGCAGUACCAGUACGGUUGGAGAGGAGGCUUCCUCAUCCUCGGGGGGCUCCUGCUCAACUGCUGCGCCUGCGCGGCCCUCAUGAGGCCCCUAGUGGCCCCUCCUAAACCCCCCCAGCGGGAAGACGUAGAGAAGGAGGGAAAAGAGUUGGAGGUAGAGAAGACCCAGUCCAAACCCAAACCUCUCCUGGACUUCAGUGUGUUUAAGGACAGGGGUUUCCUGAUCUACACCAUAGCUGCAUCUAUUAUGGUUCUGGGUCUGUUUGUACCGCCGGUGUUCGUGGUGAGCUAUGCCAAAGAGCUGGGCAACGAAGACACCAAGUCGGCCCUCCUCCUGUCCAUCCUCGGCUUCAUAGACAUCUUCGCCCGGCCCACCUGUGGCGUCAUCGCUGGGCUGAAGUGGGUCAGGCCCAGAGUUGUUUACCUGUUCAGCUUUGCCAUGAUCUUCAAUGGAUGCACUGACCUGGUGGGAUCUCAGGCGAAGGACUACCCGUCUCUGGUGGUGUUCUGUGUGUUCUUCGGGAUCUCCUACGGCAUGGUCGGGGCGCUACAGUUUGAGGUUCUCAUGGCGAUCGUUGGCACAGAGAAAUUCCCCAGCGCUAUAGGACUGGUGUUGCUCAUGGAAGCUAUUGCUGUGCUGGUGGGACCACCUGGAGCAGGUCGGCUGCUGGACGCCACUAAGAACUACAUGUACGUGUUCCUGCUGGCAGGAAUUGAGGUGGUCCUCGCCUCCGUGGUCCUCGCCACGUGUAACUUCCUGUUCAUCAGGAAGAAGCCCUCGGAACCCGCUGCGGAACUGGAGAACGGAACGGUUUCCGCGGAAAUGGAGCUUCUCAACAAGCCUGUUGCCGCUGAGGAAGAGGAGGAGGAGGAAGUAGAGAAGGGGGAGAAAGAGGUGAAGGAGAUGAAGGAGAAAGAGGAGAAGGAGAAAGAGGAGAAGGAGAAAGAGGAGAAGGAUAAAGAGGAGCUGAAGGAGAUGAAGGAGGAGAAGGAGAAAGAGGAGGUGAAGGAGAUGAAGGAGAAAGAGGAGAUGAAGGAGAUGAAGGAGAUGAAGGAGAAAGAGGAGGUGAAGGAGAUGAAGGAGAAAGAGGAGGUGAAGGAGAUGAAGGAGGAAGCGGUUGAGAAAGCAAAGGAGGACGAGGAAGACAGUGAGAAAGAGAAGGAGGAGAUCAGGCCUGAGAGCGUAAUGGUGGUCUCAGAAGAAGUGGAGCGCUUCCUUAAAGAACCAGAAGAACAAAAUGGCGCCUUGCUCUCCAGUUCUGAGACACGUCUGUAGGAGGAAGAGAACCUGGCACAGGACAAACUACAGACUUUAAACUUAAACACUGCCAAGGGCACUUUAAAGGGCACUAAGAAUUGUACUCCGCAGUGUACUUUGAAGGGCACUAAAAAGUGUACUUAGAAGUGGGCCAAGAAAGUGCUUAGAGAAGCAUACUGGGGAAGACACAGCUGGUCCUAGCAGUAUCCUCCUGUAUGUAGUUGAGGUGUUGUUGUGUUGUUAUGUUGUGUAGCUGUUCUCUGUGGGCUGUGUGCCAUAUCAACAACAAUAACGCACGCACACACGCACACACACACGCACACACACACACACACACACACACACACACACACAAUGGUGAAGUGAAACUGAUAAAUGUCAAGUGAAUAGCCGUGUUAAUAGUGUUGUGCCCUGCCGUGUGAAUUGUGAAGCUACCAGUGUGUAGUGCUGCAGGGCGAUAUGGUAGACACCAUGUUGUUGUCUGUAAUAAUGUGGAAUAAAUACCGUCACUUCCUACCACUGUUACUCUGGAGCACAACAUUAGAAGUGUUCCGGAACUUUAACCAAACCCAGCGUGGAACAUUCCGCUGUCAUUCAACAUUCCGUUGUGGCAGAAUGAGGAAUGAAUGGAUAGAUAUCUGGCUACUGUUAUGCAUAUCAUUUCACUCUGAGCUUUGGCACAGACGUUUAAAGGUAUAGUGAUGUUGAACGGUUGAAUUUCACUCUGUAACCUUGUAGAGAUUGUAGACUUUAUUAGACUAGAACACACAGACAGAGAGAGCGAUGCCAAUGAGAACACCAGACUAGUAUCCCUGGUUACCUCCCUAAUGGCACCCAGACAGAGAGAUGCUAAUGAGAACACCAGACUAGUAUCCCUGGUUACCUCCCUCAUGGCACCCAGACAGAGAGAUGCUAAUGAGAACACCAGACUAGUAUCCCUGGUUACCUCCCUCAUGGCACCCAGACAGAGAGAUGCUAAUGAGAACACCAGACUAGUAUCCCUGGUUACCUCCCUAAUGGCACCCAGACAGAGAUACCCUGUUUCUGUUUGUUUCAGUGUCAUAACAUUAACUACGAUGGCAGAAAUAGGUCACACUGUUUCUAGACUUCACAGUUUAAUCUGUAGAUGCUGGGUGAGUCCCAAAUGGAACUCUACUCCCUAUAUAGUGCACUACUUUUUUUAAAUACCAGGGUCCCCAUAGGGCUCUGUUCAAAACUAGUGCACUAUAUAGGGAAUAGGGUUCCAUUUGGAACCAGUCUGGCAGAACUAGCUGACAGAAACAAUUCAGUCCAGAGUCCAAUGACCUCCCAUGCAGAUCUAAAAAACACAGAAAUGUAUUGAUAAAUGUAUUGAUACAUGUAUUGAUAAAUGUAUUGAUACAUGUAUUGAUAAAUGUAUUGAUACAUGUAUUGAUAAAUGUAUUGAUACAUGUAUUGAUACAUGUAUUGAUACAUGUAUUGAUACAUGUAUUGAUAAAUGUAUUGAUAAAUGUAUUGAUAAAUGUAUUGAUACUUUAUGUCAGUAUUUGUUAAGGAAGGCUAAUAGCCUCUCCGUUUCAUGAUAAGUUAUAUUGUGUUCUGUUUUCUCAGUGCUACAUGUUAACUGAUAAAGACCAUGUUGACGUA